GUACAUUUGGAUUGAUUAAAACAUUUUGCCUCCAGAGAUAAAAUGAGCUGCCUUUAUGCUGCCUUCAUACAACCAUGCAAAAAUUAAGGGAAGUUACACAUCAGAGUCUGGUGUGACAAGGCACAUCGGCAGUGUGAAGAGUGAUAAUCUACUGCAGAUGACAACAGGAAAUGGUUCGAAAAAAGAAGUUUAAAAUAAGCAGCUUUGUGCCUCUCGCUGCAGCAUAUCAGAGAAUUGUCCGGUUGUAAGCAGUGCAGCUAUAAGCCAUGAGUUACCGUGAAAGCUGAUUUGACAAUGUCAGAAAGCAUACUGGAAGACAUUUUUGUGAAACGCUCCCAGCAGAAGAAGAAAACGUCUCCACUGAACUACAAGGAGAGGUUAUUCAUUCUGACACAAAACAAAAUAUCCUACUAUGACUAUGAUCCAGAGAAAGGGAAAAAGAAAGGUUUAAAGGGGACAGUAGACGUUGAGAAGAUCAAGUGUGUGGCGAACGUGCUUCCAGAAGUAAAUGCCCCUGCGGAGAGGCAGUACCCGUUCCAGAUAAUCUACGAUGAAGGUCCGCUUUACGUCUUUGCAAAGACAGAAGAGGUUCGCAAACAGUGGCUACAUAAACUGAAGCAUGUGGUGCGGUUCAACAAGGACCUGAUACAGAAGUACCACCCGUGCUUCUGGGUGGAUGGGACCUGGCUUUGCUGCCAGCAGGAGGUCAAGCAGGCCCUGGGAUGUCGAGUGCUGGAGGUGCAGAAUGGGGCCUUUUCCAAUAAAGGAUCAAGAAGAAAAUCCAGGAAACCGCUACCUCCUACACCAGAAGAGGAGGCUUCGAGACCACCACAGCCCCCACCCCGACAGGCAGAAGCAGCCCCAGGAAUGACAGCCAUUGCAGAAUAUGACUACACGCCUGUGACCGACCAGGAUCUGGCGCUUCACAAGGGCGAGGAGUACACUAUCCUUGAGAUGGUGGACACCAACUGGUGGAGAGCCAGCGACAGAAAUGGCAUGGAAGGCUACAUUCCUAGUAAUUAUGUCGUUAUGGCUGGAAAUGGUCUUGAAACAUUUGAUUGGUACUGCAAAAACAUGAGCCGCAGCCAGGCCGAGAACCUGCUGAGAACAGAGAACAAAGAUGGAGGAUUUUUGGUGCGAGAGUCAAGCAAAGCUGGAAAAUACACCGUCUCCUUGUUCACCAAGGGUGGAGGGGAUGCGGCGGGUAGCUGCCGGCACUAUAACAUCUGCCUCACCCCACAGGGCCAGUUCUAUCUGGCCGAGAAGCACAACUUUUCCAGCAUCCCCGAACUCAUCACUUACCAUCAGCACAAUGCUGCAGGCAUGGUUUCUAGGCUGAAGUACACCGUCUCAAACCAGGACAGGAAUGCCCCUUCCACUGCUGGCCUUGGAUAUGGGGUCUGGGAGAUUGACCCACGUCACUUGACCUUCAUCAGAGAGUUGGGCAACGGGCAGUUUGGAGUGGUUAAGUACGGAAAGUGGCAGGGGCAGCACGACGUGGCCAUAAAGAUGAUCAAAGAGGGCUCCAUGUCGGAGGACGACUUCAUUGAAGAGGCCAAAGUCAUGAUGAAGCUCCGUCACGAGAACCUGGUCCAGUUGUACGGCGUCUGCACCAAACAAAGGCCCAUUUACAUCGUCACAGAGUUCCUCUCCAACGGCUGCCUGCUCAACUACCUCCGUGAAGAAGUGGCAAACCCGCCGCCCAUCCUGCUCCUGGAGAUGUGCAAGGAUGUGAGCGAGGGCAUGGCUUACUUAGAGUCCCAGCAGUACCUACACAGGGAUUUGGCUGCCAGGAACUGCUUGGUGGAUGGCAAUGGAUCAGUUAAAGUCACUGACUUUGGAUUAUCCAGGUAUGUCCUGGAUGAUGAGUACACCAGCUCCGCGGGCUCAAAGUUCCCUGUACGGUGGUCUCCCCCUGAAGUCCUCCUUUACUGCAGGUUCAGCAGCAAGUCUGACAUCUGGGCGUUUGGGGUUCUAAUGUGGGAGGUCUACACCCUAGGCCGAAUGCCUUAUGAGCGUCUAAAUAACACGGAUAUUGUGAAUAAAGUUUCCUCUGGCCUGCGCCUCUAUCGCCCCCAGCUGGCCAAGGAGGCGAUUUACAGCAUCAUGCUGGACUGUUGGCAUGACAAGCCUGAAGAGAGGCCCACAUUCCAGGAUCUUGCGGUUACGAUUCAAGAUCUGCUGUACGAGCUUCAAUAAGUGUGGAUCUGAAACAUGGACCUCAUAACCAUCCACUUGCCAUAGGACUUCCUCCAUUUAAUACCCUCAGAUGGAAAGUAGCUGAACUCUCUUACGUGUGCCUGCUAGUUUGCUAUAGCCAACAUCAGCCAAAUUUGUAGUUUGAGAGCAUCCAGCUGAAGGGUGAAAUAUUCCUCACAGCUGUCGACAAUCUUGAAAGAACUUCUACUAUGUGUAUACAGGUUUGUGUAUAAAAUGGCUUGUAUGAGACCAUGAAUGAUGGACAUUCUUUCUUGUGCCACUGUGCUCUUAAGUGGCAGAUGCACUGGCAGUGAAAAUAAUUUCAUUUAAUGCAUAUUAUUAUUAUUAUUAUUAUUAUUAUUAUUAUUAUUAUUAUUAUGUUAUACAUUGUCAGAAGCAUAAACUGUGAUUAUGGUUGACAAAUAUUUUUCAAGCAGUGUGAUUACAGGCAAUCUUUGAUCAUCAAACAGUAACUGAAGAACUCAUCGCUUAAUGUUUUGAACUGCUUUCAAUUGGCCAAUACAUCUACAUCCAGAAAUGACAUUAGCAUUUCUUCUUUACUUAUAGCCUUUUUGACUGUCGGCUUAGGAAUAUAUUUUAAUGAGAUCGAUUCACUUCAAAUAAAUUAUUCAUAUGCUAUUAUGUAUAAUUGUAAAUAUUCGUGUUUAACUGAGAUAGACUAAUAUAAAUGUCAACACUUUAUUUGCCUUAAGUGCUUUUCACUGUGAAGAAGCUUGUGGAUUGUGUCAAAACUCAGGGGAGAGGGAGCUUAAAAAUAAACAUAAUAUCAAAAA